AUGGAACGCCGCAAUGGCGACCCGCCCACCCAAAACUCGGCGUUGGUGGUGCUCUAUGUCUCCGGGUGGUACUUCUUUUCCAUGUCCAUUUCCGUGUACAACAAAUGGAUGUUCGGCAGAGGCCUCAACUUCCGUUUCCCACUCUUUGUCACCGCGUUCCACCAAACUUGUCUAUUCUGCAUGAGCACUUUGGUGUUAUAUUUCCGCCCACACCUCCGUCCCACCAUCAACAACGCCGGUCUGCGAUUCUGGGCCUCCCUAGCUAUCUCAGCCAAACUGUACCUGCGCCAGAUCAUGCCGUGUGCUGUAGCAUCUGCUGGAGAUAUUGGUUUGAGCAAUGUGUCGCUCGAAUACGUCUCCUUGUCGCUCUAUACCAUGCUCAAGACGUCCAGCUUGAUUUUCGUGCUCAUUUUUGGCCUUUUGUUCCGUCUCGAGGUUUUCAACUGGCGUCUUGUGGUCAUUGUCAUUGUUAUGAGUGGCUCAGUCAUCAUGAUGACCCGACCAUCCGACUCAGCUAAUAUGGUAGAUGACGACCAUCAACCUAUCGGAAUCGUGUUGAUUUUGGCUGCUUCGAUGGUUCUGGGCUUGCGUUGGUCUUUCACCCAACUUCUACUUAAAAAGAACGAGUACACUAAGCAUCCCAUGCUGACCAUUUUUUACAUCUCACCAUUCAUGACGCUAGUACUCUUAGUGUUUGCUUUGUUUGUCGAAGGUUGGGACGAGUUCAUGACCCUGCCAAUCUGGGAAGUCAAGGGAAAUUGGGGUACCAUCGGCCUCAUGAUUGUGCCGGGUUUUCUUGCAUUUAUGAUGACUCUUUGUGAGUUCCAGCUCCUCUCCGUGGCACAGGUGCUUACCUUGUCUAUUGCGGGCAUAUUCAAGGAGUUACUCACUAUAAUGCUUGGCUCAAUGAUUUUUGGUGAUACCUUGAGCGUUAUCAACUGCGUGGGAUUGGUGAUUACUUUCCUAGACAUACUUUGGUACAACUAUUACAGGUAUACGGAAAAGGACAAGUCCGAACUGGGAUAUGCCACUUUGCCGGACCAGGAGGAAUUGGGUCAGGGCGAAGCCAUAGAAUUAAAACAACACUAA